AUGGUCCGAACCAGACAGGGAACUGCUGUUCCCGCCAGAGGCAGUGUCUCGGACAAUUCCACGCCCAAGGAGCCCAAGCCGGCGAAGAAGAGAGGCGCGUCUGACCGUGAGCCCCAACAACAAGGGCGAGCAAAGAAACGCAAGAGCUCACCUGGGCCAUCACAAGAUGCCUCUGGUCCUUCGGAGACACGGGAGGCUGAGGAUCAGCAGCAUCUUCCGCGCCUGACCACCCCAGAUCUUGAAUUUGACUGGGACAGGAGUAAACUCAAGGACCCGCGUCAGACUCCUGGGCGGGAGAGGCGUCCACGGUAUGACACUUAUGACAUACCUGCAGAGUUGGCUGCACGUCGCCCGCCAUCUCCGGAGAAACCCAAGGGGCGCUUGAAUGCCAUACAGAAAGACAAACUAUUUGAUGAAAAGACCCGCAGAGAUCCGGCCGAGAGCUUCCAUGACCUUUACAAGUGUCGUGAUAAGGGACCUAAUGGCUCCCCGACCUAUGACUCUGCUGGGUUCCGACUGGAUUAUGAAAAGGUCAUGAACUGGUUCAAACCCGUCCGGUACAACAAGAGCCGGAUGAUAAAUGGCAUGGACAGAGCCGUUGCCAGGGGCCAGUCCUUGAAUGACCAUAUGAUGCAGGCUUUUUUCGAGGAGGACCUGGUGACAGUCAAGGAGAUAUCCAAAGAGAAUGUAUUUGUUCUGGAUCUGGUGAAGGACAGUAUCUCCAAAGAUCUCGGGACCCCCCUUCACAAAAUUGACCACGCGGAGAUCGAUAUGUGGGAAGAGAAGGGCUACAAGAAACACAAGGUGGAGGAUUGGGUGACCUACUCGGACGAAGAUAAAAAGAGGUCCAUGAAAAUGCUCUCGGGAGCUAGCUUGCGAGCAUAG